UCCGGUCACGUGGAUACGGAAGUGCGUAGUGAUCUCACAUUCAGUGGCGUGCGUACCGGUUUGCUUCUUGUUGUUGUUCGGUGUACGAGAGUGCUGGAGCGGUACCGGGCGUGCGAUUUCCACAGGUGUCAGAGGUCUGUGCCCUACAGCAAAUCAGGAAAUGGCAUCUGAGGACGCUGUGUCGGAUUAUCUGAACCAGAACCCCCAGACUGCCGACUGGGUAGAGAGUGUCCGCGGAAUGUGCGAGUCAGACAAGUUGUGGAGGCACCGCAGGGAAUUUAUCUUGCGAAACUUGAAUGAAGUGUGCGAAGACAAAGAGCCGCCUCUACCAGAGACUGAUCACCCGGGCCUAGACCGGUUGAUCGCAUACUCCAUGGUGUGGGCAAACCACGUCUUCACGGGCUGCCGGUAUCCAAAUCCAGUGAUGGAAAAAGCCCUUAAAAUGGCAGAACACAUUAAGGUGACAGAUGCUCCCGUUCAUACUACACGAGAUGAUCUGGUUUCCAAGGUGAAGAAAAGAGGGAUUUCAAGUAGCAAUGAAGAGAUAGUGGAGAAUUGCAAGAUACAGAAAUCUUGUGAAGACAGAGUGGGCAAUAGCUCAAAUAAUGUCAAAGAGGAGGCUCGGGGCGAGCAAAAUAACACAGUGGAGAAAUUAGCAGGGGGACAUACUGAUACCUUUGUCCCUUCAACUAAUGUAAGUCUGAUAGAUGUUCAUCCCAGUGGAAUGCAAAGGACAAAUGCAGUGCUAGGUCAUGUUGAAAAAUCAAGCAAUAAUCAGAAUGCAUCUGAAACCAAACCUACUUCUAGCUUCAAUGUUCCUGCUGAUGUUCGGGGAGAAAGUCAGGCUCCAAUGGAAAUGGAAAAUAGUGCUGAAAGCAUGCCACAAACUACUGCCAAAGGACCUUCACAGCUGAUCGUCGAUACUGUUAAACCUCCUCGCAAGCUGACUAUUGAAGAUACCAAGGAGAGACAGAUCUUCUUUAACAGGCUCUACAAGACUGUUGCUUGGAAACUAGUUUCCGCUGGUGGUUUCAGUCCCAACCUAAAUCAUGGAGAGUUACUAAAUAACUGUAUUGAAUCUUUAAAAUCCACACUGGAUAUUGCUUUUGUCCCUUUAAAUGAAUUGGCAGAUUUACCACAGAACAAAACGUCUCAGGAAAAUAUAGUAUGUGAAUUAAGAUGCAAAGCUGUUUAUUUAGGCAUGGGUUGUGGUAAAACAAAGGAGACUGCAAAAGCAGUGGCUUCCAAGGAAGCUAUGAAACUGUUUCUAAAGAAGAAAGUUGUUGUUAAAAUAUGCAAGAGGAAAUACAAUGGAAGUGAAGUGGAGGACUUGGUAUUACUUGAUGAGGACUCUCGGCCUGUGAACUUACCUCCAGCUCUAAAAAACCCACUGGAUCUAAUUUAAUGCAUUGACCUUAUUUAGUGGUUAGAACAAAACAAAAGACAUACUUUGUACUUGCAUAUUAAAACACUGAGAUUUUUCAAAUAUUUUGUAUUUUUGAUUCGGUUUUAAUAGAGGAAUGGUCACCUUUUGUUAACUGAAAUUUAUUUUUCAUCAGAAGGUUAGAUUGUGUUAAUGGGUUGCCUUAAAAAUGCUCUUCUAUGCUUUUAUGUAAACAAUCAUUGGUAUGAUUUUAGUAAUUUUUUUAAUUACAGAAUUCAUAGUCAUUACAUUCUUCAAUACUUACAAAGUUUAAUGUACUGUUUUUGCCAUAUUUGUUAACCUUCUGCAAAGAUCUUUUAGUUGACAUUCAAUUACCAUAAUCUGUAUCAUUAAUUGACUAUCUGGAAAUGUGACAAAAAUGUUUUACUUACAUUGCUAUUUUGCAAAUUCUUUCUUUUUAUGUACCUUGCUAAAAAAAAAAAGUUGAAUAAUUUUAGUAAUAUCUAUGUUACAUUGUUUCAGUAUAGUUUUUUGUUACAUUGCAGAGUUUUGGGGUUCCGCACUUUAAAAAAAAAAACUGUUCUAACCUCUGCUUUCUCACAUGUUUUGCUAUUCAUUAAAUCUGUUUUAUUUUUGGGUUGUCUUUGUUUCCCAUAAAGUCCUUUUUGACUGCCAUCAAGUAUCCAAACAUAUGUGUAUGCAGUGCCUAUUAUUAUAUUUAUAAACUGAGGCUAAGAUAAUAAAAAUUCAAAACAGAGAAACAUGGAUCAAGAAGAAAUAAUAAAACUAUAUAACCUUAUUCAAAUGCAGGGACAGUGGACCAUAUUUAAAGAUCCAUAUUUUUAAAACAUCUACUAAAAUGUACUACUUAAUUACUGAUUUCUGUUUUUAUUUUUCCUUUUAAAUAAUCUCAACAUCCCUUUAUUAUAAAGGCACAGUAAAGGUGAAAUAUAUUUUUCUAUAUCUAGAGAUUUGCUUGCAAAUUAUCUCUCUGUAGUUACUACACAAAUUUGCAUUCUUGCUUGUUAAAAAUACCUUUAUUUGGUCAUAAAAAUGUCCUUCCUUUUGUCAUUACUUUGUCUACUUGAGGGAAGCAAUGGGGAACACAUGCUACAGAAAAUAUAUUUGGGUGAGCGUUUGCCUUGAGGUUUGCUGAACCAUUGCUUAUUAAAAAAAAAAAAAAAGGAAGGAAAAAACAUGGAGGCAGAGGGAGGAGGACCCCUCAACAUGACAAAAUAGGUAUUUUCAAAAUGCAAAAUUGAAUAGUAACUAUAGAGUUAUUAUAAUUGUCAAGCAUACUCUAUAAAUACAAAUAUCAUAUCCUCCCUUACUUUCCAAUCAUUAAAGAGUCAGGUGUCAUAAGGAAAAUGGUUACUGUUUCUAUUCAGUUUUAAUAUGGAAGCAAACAGCCAAGUAAAAACUAUUUAAAUUUAAGCUAGUAUACUAAACAGUCUUAACCGUUUUAAGAAGAACAUUAGAGCUAUCGAAUAGUUAAAUAAUUUUUUUUAUUAUUAUUUCAGUAUCACAAAAGCAUCUUUCUAGAGUCUAAUGGAACAAAGCUUUGACAUAUAGUCUUAAGGUAUAAUUGAAGCUAAUUUUACUUUACAUUGUAAAAUGUAAAUAAACGACUGCAAUAUUCCAAAGUUCACGCUACAGAUUGUAAUGUGUCCGUAAUAAUGUGCCCAUUCUUUAGUUCUUCUAAAUGCUUUAACAAACCCAAUAAAAAUAAGUAGUUACA